AUGACCUCAAGCAACCCCUCAUACCUUAUCAUUGGCGCGGGUGUCUUCGGUGUAUCAACCGCCUACCACCUCAUCCAGAAGUAUCCCAAUGCCUCGAUAACGCUGGUUGAUCGAGAUGCAUAUGAUGCCGAGUCGCGCGUGGCAGCAUCAUGGGAUUGGAACAAGGUUGUUCGCGCCGAUUACGACGACAAGGUGUAUUGUAGACUUGCUCUUGAGGCCCAAGAGAUUUUCAAAAACGACCCUCUUUGGCAACCGCAUUUUCACCAGACUGGCGUCUACUGGAACUGUCGCAGCGACUACGCGCAAAAUGUCAUCACAAACCACAAGGAACUCGGUCGAAAUGAUGAUAUCAUUGCUCUCCCCGUUGCCGAAGCCAGAAAGCUUUAUGGCGGAAUCUUUGAUAAUGCCGAUUACACCGGUGUCAAGGAGGUUCUCGUGAACAGGGCUAGUGGCUGGGCUGCUGCCGGAGACGCUCUUCGAGCAGUGACAAAACGAUGUCUGGAAUUGGGCGUCUCAUACGUGACUGCAUCCGUUACGAACCUUGAAUUCGAUGGUCGUGGCUCUUGCACCGGUGUCAAGACUCGAUCUGGAGAGAUAUUGUCCGCCACGCAUGUUGUCGUCGCUGCCGGUGCUUUCACGCCGACAUUGCUAGAGUGGAGUGCUGCGAAGAGUGGAAAUCCUGGGCUACGAGCCGGAGAGCGGAUUGUGGCGGCUGGUAUUACGACUGGAAUGGCACAACUCAAUAAGGAGCAAUAUGAAAAGUUCAAAGACAUGCCUGUUGGCUUCCAGGGUUACACACCGGAUGAAGGAAAACCCUUCAUUGGCACCCUUCCCCCAACUAAAGACCGCGAGCUCAAGUGGUGGGGAUCUAAGAUUUUCACAAACACUCGAGAAGUACUCCCUGGACAUUACAUCUCUUCUCCGCCACCCACACACGACUACAACCAAUGGAAGGUUCCAGGGCCUCUCAGGCAGGAUAUUGUAGAGGCCAGGAAUCUGUGGUAUGGGCCCGAGAGUGCAACAUGGGAGAUGACGAAACACCGUAUUUGCUGGGACGCUUUCACUACUACCUCUGACUUUAUCAUUUCACCUCACUCUGCCUCCAGAGGCCUAUACAUCGCCACUUGUGGUUCGUUCCAUGGAUACAAGUUCUUCCCCGUGCUUGGAAAGUAUAUCACGCAGAUGCUUGAGGGGGAAUUGGCGCCUGAAUUGGUCGAGAAGUGGGCAUGGGAUCGACAGCGACCUGACUCGUCCGAGAACGUGGAGUACCCGAACUCUGAGAUGAAGCAUUUAUUGGAACCUGCAGCGAAGUUGUAA